UGCAGUGGACAUAUCGAUGGCGGUGGGUACAGUGGUGACGUUGGGAGUGAGGACGUUGUGCUCUUGUCCAGGCAGGAGCGGACGCAGUAAAAGUAGAUGAUAAUUUUCUUGGCCGUCAGCAGUGCAUAUCUAAGUGUCAUGUGGUUGCGGCCGAGACGGAGGAGACACACUUGCUUCCACUUCCGGUCUCUCUGGUACAGCGUGAGGCUCCAAGACACGCAACACCAAUAAUCAUUCUGGAAUACAUUCAGUCGCCUCAGGGCUGCUUUACUUGUCAAAACAUACAGCCCUAAAUCAUUGUCUAAUUUAGGUCUAAUCAAGGCCUUAUACUCCAUUGCUAAUUCCUGUCACCUCAAGCUCCCAGCGAGUUCGGCCAAUGUAUAACGAGAUCUGAGAAGAGCUAGGUGAAUAAGAAGAGCGGAGACAGUUGCCAGCUGAUUCAUUAGAGGCCGCAACGCAGAUGGGUACGUGUGAGCGAGGCACCACACGUGUGUUCAUUACACCUCCCUCCUCGCUGGCUCAGUCAACCGCCAGCUCUCAAAGUGAGAGGACGUCUCUCCUUCUCACACCUCCCCAUAACACAACUCUUGCUUGUGUUAAGCAGAGACUUUAUCCUCUGCAGUUCUCCAUCACCUUUGAAGUCGCAUAAAACGCCAAGGAAAGAUAUAUACUUUGCCGCAUAGAAAAUUGUUGCGGCAAAUGUGCGCUCUCUAGCACAGUCGAAAAUUGAAAUAGAACUUUCAAAUGAAUAACAUUUGUGUUGGUUAAUUACCCCAACUGGUAUCGAGGUCCACACGGACUCGAACCUCGGAACAUACAAUAAGUUAAGUUGCUGUUGGUUCGAUUGAAAUCACUCGGUCGCCAGCAACAGGUUACUGAUCAAAUACUGUGCAUCGAACCCAACAACUGUGUCUACAAGAAGAAGUCUUCCGUCUUCAUCAUGGAGAGGACUGAGGUGAUCGUACACCAAGAGGUGUGCAGCCAGGGCUUGUCAUCAUGAGCGCCACCCCGCUGCUGCUACAGUUUCCACAGACGCCUGCAUCACCAUCACCACUACAUCACUCUGCCUCCCGCACACCAACCAACUUGCACCAGUCUCGCACCACUAAGCUAAAUAAUAGGAAUUCUUUUCCACCUGAUCAAAGUCAAGAAUCUCGUUGGGCAGCUCUUCUAGCGAGAGCUACUCCCACCAAGCCAUACGGUGCCUGUAGCCCUGCUCCUCUGCAUAGUCAUAUAUCUACAGCAAGUUGCCAGCCACAUUUUGUGACACAUCACUUGUCACCUGUCAUAAGCCAUCCACCAGCUGCCACAAUCCAACCAACCAUCACAACCUAUCAGCCACCAUCAGAAAUCCAACAAUCUCGUCCACCUGUCCAAAACGUUUCAAACUUUCGGCCACUGGUACCUACUGCAUCCUUUAACCGUGCACUAACCUCGCCUACAGCUAUCAAACUAUUCAAUCCCAGUCGCCGGUUAAACAAGUCACAAUCACAACUAAUCAUGCCCCGCGUGAAGUCUUUCUUUCGGGCGGGACAGGGGUCUCGCUCAGCCAAGGAGAAAAAAGGGAUGUCUAGAGACCACCUACCCCAUGAUGCAUCUGUCAAAAGUUUAACCAACUACGGGGAUUCAGCAUCACCAGAACCACUUAUCCGAAAGUGCCACACAGUUCUUGCGUUGUCCUCAACUGCGGGCAAUUCUGCACAGACACGCCUUGUAAAGGAGAAAAAGGGUAACAAGUUAGAUUUCCUCAGACGCAUGUCACCAUCUAAAUCAGCUGUAUUUGCAUCUAAUAAGAUGACUAUUGUCAAGUCUCCUACCACUGUAUCCGAUCUUCGACGCCUAAGAAAGAACUCGAGCACGUUGUUUCCUCAGGUGGAAUUAGAAGGGGAAGGUAGUGGAUGUUCUCGUUGCGCUUCUGCUGCCUCGAUGGCCUCAAGACGCUUCUCAGGUCUUGCUCAAGACACAGUCUUCUGUAAGCUCUGCCUGUCAGAUGUCUCCAUUAAAGAAAUGUACCAGUUGCAACAGUGCUUAUGCCGAUUCUGCAAAUAUUGCAUGGCUGUGUAUGUUACACUGAAGAUCCGUGAAGGUGACAGUAUCAUUGAAUGUCCUGAUGCAAACUGUGAUUGUAGUGGGGAGCUCACCCUUGAAGAGAUGGAGAAUUUGGUGGGCAGUGAACUCUAUCAACUUCACCUGAAAUUUAGAAAAAAUACAGAGAUAGACAGGGAUCCAGUCAGAACAUGGUGUCCAAUGCCUGGUUGUGAGACUGUGGUUAAUUUGCCGAUUUCCAAAUUGGAGGGACCACAGUGCACCACUUGCUCCACGUGCACUGCAGUCUUCUGUGCUGCCUGUAGCGAGCCAUGGCAUCCAAGUCAGCCUUGUCAUGCAGACAAUGCUGAAUCAUUGGCAGUGCCUAAUGAUGAUACAAUAAAGAGGUGCCCCUCCUGCAAAGUCCCAAUUGAACGUGAUGCAGGCUGUGCACAGAUGCUCUGCAAGAAAUGUAAACAUGUCUUCUGCUGGUAUUGCCUUGCCUCUCUUGAUGAUGACUUCCUUCUACGUCACUAUGAUAAGGGACCCUGCAAAAAUAAGUUGGGUCACAGUCGAGCAUCAGUUUUGUGGCAUCGAGCUCAGGUUAUAGGUAUCUUUGCAGGCUUUGGUCUGCUUCUUGUCGUGGCAUCUCCCCUUCUUCUCUUUGUUGGACCAUGCCUCCUAUGCUGUAAAUGCAAGCCCUGUUCUAAGCACGAGAUUGAAGAGGAUAGCUUAUAUGGCAUCUAAAUAGAGAUGAAGGAAAGCUUUGAGUGGUAUCCUAAACCAAAGAAAAUGGUGUUCUAGGGAUUCCAGUGAAAUCCUCUGAUGCUAAGACAAUUAAGCUCAAAAUGUCUUCAGCUGCAUAUUGAAGAAUCCUUUGGUCUAUUCAUUGGUGCUGAACAUUGACAAAAAAUAUGCAUGACUGGAAUGGUGAUAAAAUAUGCAAGAAAUGCAUGAGCUAUUAGGAACCUUGGACAUUAUUAAGCUUAACAAUAUAAAAGAUGCAAGAAUAAGGAUUUUUCAAUGGUUUUGUGGAUGAAUUGGAGUCCCAAGUGUCACAGUAAGAUAAAGCUGUUAUAUUUUCUGUAUGAAUAGAAAAUUAAGUUUCAUUUAUAUAUUUUGUCAGGGACUAAGAGCCUCAACUUAUGCAGCUUCUGAAAAAAGUUUCAAGUUGAGUGAUAAUAUGUAAUGUGCCUGAAGAAUUUUAGAUCCAUGAUGUAUUUGAUAAAUUUUAAAGUUGUAUGGAAUGUAUAUGUAUAUUGUACAUGAUGUGUAUCUGAUAAUUCUAUGAAUUCAUCAGUGCUCAGUUGGGCUGUUGAUUUAAACGGGAUAUUGACGUCUUUAAAUAUUAAUGACUUGGUGUAAUAGCUGGAUUGGUACUUAAAAUGAACGGUUGCAGGGAUGUUACUUAUAGUAGUGCACAGUACUGUAUUAGUAAGUACAGAUUAACAAUCAAACAAAAAUAUAAUCCUUACCCUGAAAAUUACAAGGUGAAUCUCAUUUCAGAUUCUUAUAUAAAAUGUCUGCUUUAAAUUCUCCACAGAGGGUUGACAAAACAGGUAGAGUUUUAUACCUACUUCUUUUCAGAACUCGAGUAAAUCUUGUGCACGAAACAUUAUUCCUAUUGCUUAAUAGCUUUUCAAUGUGAGCUUCUGUGUAUCUGAUGACACCUCUUAAAUUUGCAUAUUAUUUGUCAUAUUCCAUUUUUCUGAUACUUUUCAGAUGAAAAUGAGCCAGUAGGAAAAUUAUUUCCCUGUGGUAUUCCUAUAUUAACGCACAAUAUAGUGAAAAUUACUGUGAUGCUUUGUAGCCUAUAUCACUGUAUGGGUAUCAAACACAAGAGAAUAGUGAUGUGGCUAGACUGUGCACUCGGUUGCCUUGUAUGAGUGAAGAAAUUUGUAUUGUUAGGUCAAUUUUUCACACUUUUAGGAAUGGAUAAUAUAUAAUAUAUUAUUGGGAUUAUACAGAAGACAUUUGAAAAGGACAAUACUUUAUAAAAUAUAAGUUAAUCAGUUUCAGCAAAAUUUUUAGUGUUUCAAAAGUAAAAAAGUUUUGAAGUGCUUGAAUUUAAUUCACAGAAAAUAUUCAGUUUUGUUCCAGAAAGUUGCUGUGUGUAAUGAACUUUACUUCUGAAUUUGUUCGUAAUGGAUGUUUGUUUCUUUUAUUAUGAAUCUCUCUAAAUGUAUUAAAUAUAAUUUAUAUUACUACUUUUGCUAAUCUUAAAUAACAAAUACCUUAAUUUGCACUUAAUGUAUCGAGACAAGGUUCAUUGAGUAGCAUCUCAAUAUGUGGUGGAGCUUUGAUGAAGAAAAUUUUAUUACUAUUUAUUUGAUGUACGGUACCUGAAAGCAGGUCAGUACUGUAAACCUAAAUCCAAUUUUUCAUCAUAUGAUGUCUGUGUACUAUUGAACGAACAAGUUUAGUUAGUGUAAUGUGAUUUUCAGUGAAUUUCACUGUUUGGUUAUACAUUAUAUCCUACUAGGAACAUUUUUUCUCAAAUAUCUCAGCAAAUGACUUCAGGUGUACUUGUCCAGUAGCUGAAAUUUAACGUUAUUUAUACAAAUUUGGUUCGGUAAUUGUUCGCCCUCGUGUAUCAAAACGUCAAUACAACCUCAUUUUGUGAUCUUGAGAGUAAAGCUGUGUUAAUACAUUUUGUGACUGUAACAAAUAUAUAUACAGAAUUUGUACAAUAUUUUUCUUUAUUAAAAGUGAUUUUUUCACAUCUUAUAUAAUUUU